GGACUCUUGCCUGUCAGUGGCACAUACCAGAUAGCGGCGAAAUACUGCACUCCAGCUGUUGGCGCUCCAGCAAAGCGAGCCAAAGAAGUCCAGAUUCUGUUACAUGGUGUGCCAUACAAUUCCAGCUACUGGUUUGGGCUGCCUGGUAACCCCGAUGGCACAGCAAAAUACGAUUGGGUAGAAUAUGCUACAAGGCAGGGCUAUUCGGUCCUUGCGAUCGAUAACCUUGGCGCAGGAGACUCUCAAAAGGCCAAUCCCGUCACUGAAGUCCAGCAGCCACUCCAGACAGCAAUCCUUCACCAGAUCACGACCAUGCUUCGAGCAGGACAGCUCAGCUUUGCGCCGAAGCCAAACAAGGUCAUUUUCGUGGGCCACUCUCUGUCAAGUGUCAUUGGCAAUGGCAUUGCCACCCACUACCCCAAGGACUUCGACGCCAUCAUUCUCACUGGCUGGUCCUACACGCUGAUUCAAGCCGGCCCGGGUCUGCUUCUGACACUCCUCGAGCCGGCCCAAGUGCACAACCCAGCAAAGUUUGGCAGCUUCCCACCAGGCUAUCUCGCCUUCGGAUCUCGACAGGGCAAGCGCGACUCUUACUAUGCCGAACAUGGCUCCUUCAGCGCUGGUCUCGAGCAGUGGGACUUCGACCACGAGGAUACCAUCACCAUAGGUCAGAUAUACAGCGCCUUCUCUGGCCUCCAGAAAGCCGAACAAUUCACUGGCGAUGUUUUGGCCUUGACUGGACAGGAGGAUGCAUUCUUUUGCGGACCUACCGGCUCGCGUGCUCUAGGACCACAGAGCUGUGGUACUGGAGCUGACUCGAUUCCGGCAAAGAGCAAGGUCUUUUUCCCGAACGCUAAGUUCCAAGACUACCUCGCGCCGAACACCAGCCACGCCACGACAUUGCACUACAGUACACCGCAGAGCUUGAAAGCUGCCCAUGAUUUCCUC